AUGGCAUCAGCAAAUUAUACUCGUCCGCAAAACUACUCAUCAGUUCGAGAUGAUGAUGAUGAAGCACUCGAUAUUCGAGUCAAUUCAAAUAAUGCUCAAUCAGGUGAUGAUAAGAAUGUGAAAGCACUUCAUGGGCAAGUUCAAGAGGUUGUUGGCGUGAUGAAACAAAAUAUUGAUAAACUAUUGGAUCGUGACGUGGCAUUGAGUAACCUUUCGUCACGGGCUGAUGAACUUCAAUCGUCAGCGACAACGUACAAUCAGACAACCAAACAAUUACGAAGAAAAUUUUGGUGGAAAAAUAUGAAAACAAACGUCUGUAUUGCUGGUAUCAUCAUCACAGUUCUUAUAAUCAUCAUCAUGUCAAUAGCAUUGAGCCGUCGUGGAAAGAACUGA